AUGGGGGUGCUGAGCCUGAGCGUGCGGAGCCUAGGGGUGCUGAGCCUGAGCGUGCGGAGCACAAGGGGUGCUGAGCCUGAGUGUGCGGAGCCUGGGGGUGCUGAGCCAGCGGGUGCGGAGCCUGGGCGUGCUGAGCCUGAGGGUGCUGAGCCUGGGGGUGCUGAGCCUGGGGGUGUUGAGUCUGGGGGUGCUGAGCCUGGUGGUGCUGCGUCUGUUGGUGUACCUCCGGUCGCGCUGCUGGAGCUGGAGGCACUGGAGCUGGAGGCGCUGGAGCUGCAGGCGCUGGAGCUGGAGGCGCUGACGCUGGAGGCGCUGAUGCUGGAGGCACUGGCGCUGGAGGUGCUGGACCUGGAGGCGCUGGAGCUGCAGGCGCUGGCGCUGGAGGCGCUGAAGAUUGAGGCACUAGAGCUGGAGGCACCGGAGCUGGAGGCACUGGCGCUGGAGGCAUUGGCGCUGGAGGCACUGCCACUGGAGGCACUGGAGCUGGAGGUGCUGGAGCUGGAGGCACUGCACCUGCACGCUCUGGAGCUGCAGGCGUUGAAGCUGGAGGUGCUGGAGUUGGAGGCACUGGAGCUGGAGGUGCUGGAGCUGGAGGUGCUGGAGCUGGAGGCCCUGUGCAGCAGCGACCGUUUUUCUUGCCGCCGCCGCAGCUGUCCUCACUACCGCCCGAGUCGGUGCUCCGUCAGGUUCUUAGUCUUCCUUCGUCCACUGCCCUUCAUCAAGACUCACCGCUGCCUGCCCCCUCUCGUUACACUGAGCAGCCAAUCUCCCUUACGGAGCGACGUGAGCCUAUGCAUCGUCUUGCCUCCCCUGUUCGCACAAUUCGCCGUGCUCGUUCAUGUCCCCCUGCCAUCUCCUCCUGCGUCCUCUCUUCCUGACGUCCCGGACCCUGCGUCUGACUUGGUUCGUGCUGCCAGCCCUACUGUCACGCGUCUCCUGGCCACAGUCGUCACUGACCUAUCGUUUGAGUCUACUGUUGCGUCUGCCUUAGUUGUUGAGCUUGUGGACUUUGCUGCUGUGUGUCGUCUAGACUACGCUGCUAGUCUUGUUGCUGAGUCUGAGUCUGUCUGUCCUCCGUCCGUCGGGGGUGAGUGUGCUCUUGGCACGGACGUCCUUGAGGACAGGCAGGAGGACUUUGAGUGUCUUGCAGCUGCUGUACCUCAUCUCGUGGCCAUGCUGCUUGCACCUGAGGGAGACCCGGAUGCACUGGACAUCCCGACCCCACGCUCUUACGCAGAGGCGAUUUCGGGUCCCUACUCCUCUCAGUGGCAAACAGCCAUGGACGCAGAGAUGGCAUCCUGGAAGUCCACAGGCACUUACGUCGACGCAGUUCCCCCUCCUGGGGCGAACAUAGUCGAUGGCAUGUGGAUUUUCAGGGGAGUUGACUUCUUCCAGACCUUCUCCCCUACCCCGAAGAUGACCACUCUUCGGGUGCUGCUGCACGUUGCCGCUCAGCGUGACUACGAGCUGCACUCUCUUGACUUCAGCACAACUUUCUUACAGGGCAGCCUGCACGAGGAGAUCUGGCUGCGCCGCCCACCUGGCUUCACUGGAUCGUUUCCUACAGGUACCCAGUGGAGCCUCCGGCGGCCAGUCUACGGUCUCCGCCUGGCGCCUCGUGAGUGGCACGACACACUGAGGAAGACACUUGCGACUCUCGGGUUUGCUCCAUCGACUGCUGACCCGUCGCUGUUUCUGCACACCGACACUUCGCUGCCGCCGUUCUACAUCCUCGUGUACGUUGAAGACUUGGUCUUUGCCACUGCUGACAUUGAGGCACUGGCCCUUGUGAAGUCGGAGCUGCAGAAGAGACACACCUGCACUGACCUGGGUGAGUUGCGCAGCUAUCUUGGCUUGCAGAUCACCCGGGACAGAGCACGGCGCACCAUCACCCUGACUCAGUCACACAUGGUGCAGCAGGUCCUUUAG